CAACUUCCCAAUUCACAUGAUCUUUCCCUAUCUCCUUUUCCUCUUGAAAAUUCUUCUUCACCCGUACAUCCAUUGCCUUCACCAGACUCCCCUACAACUGUACGGUCCUUUCCAUUAAUUGGCUCUUCCCCAUCUUCGGUUGGACAAUCCCAAGCUAUGGGCAAUUCUCCUCUAUUUAUUGACCAGACUUCUUCCUCGAAUCCUUUGCUGGCCACUGAGUACCCUCAGCCAUAUAGACCUGAGUCUCCUUUACCCACUACUUCUCAAUCUGCUCCCACACCCAAGAAACUCAAGAGCAUCAACCAGCUAGGUUAUGGUACCUCGACAUCCCCUUCCCCAUGCCCUGGUUUCUAA